UUUGUGAGGGAGMGCGGAGCGGAGSGAGCGCUGAGGGAGGGGAUCGRACGGUGACGGCGGAGCAGCGCGGGGUCGGUUCCUGAGGGGCCGUGUGUGUGUGUGUCCGUCCUUGUGGGCUAGCGGAGCGGACAGAAGUCGCAGGACUUCUCCCUUGGAGCUUCUGUGCCGAGAAUCCGAUGUUGGGCUCGGCUCACUGGCUGAAGACAGCAAAUCAGCCCAUGAAAACUUCCAUUCCCAGCCAAAGGAAGGAGUCCAGCACAAGACAACACCUGUUCUUUCAGGCUUGGAAGCAAGAAAGGGGGCAAGAGUUGGAGAGUGUGGAAUCGGAGAAGACCACUGAGAGGUGACAUUUAAGUUGAAGAUGGGUGGUGGAGAAAGAUACAACAUUCCCGUUCCCCAGUCUAGAAAUACCACCAAGAACCAUCAACAACUUAAAAACAGGCAGAAGAACAAAGACCAGAAUUCUCAGAUGAAAACCUACGCGAAGAAGGAAAGAGGCCACGGCUGCAGCUCCUCUCCUGGUGCAUGGCAGGCCAUGCAGAAAGGGGGGAAAAACAACGUUCACUUUUCCAAAAAUCCCAGCUGGAAUCCUGCUCUAUCCAAUCGAAACCUGUUGUUCACUCCUCAGAGCAAUCAGAACUAUGCUGGGGCCAAGUUCAGCGAGCCACCCUCCCCAAGUGUUCUGCCUAAGCCACCAAGCCACUGGGUACCUGUUUCUUUUAAACCUUCUGACAAAGAAAUAAUGACAUUUCAGCUCAAAACCUUACUGAAAGUCCAGGCCUGAGAUGUAACUUGGUGAUUUUGAUUGACAGGGUUUCAAAUUUUGAGCAUUGCUGUUCCCAACUCCAGUGUUCUUGCUGCAUGUAGUUAGUCACUUGGAGAGGGGUGCAAGUUUACAUUCCCCUCAUCUUUUACCUCAGAAGUUCAGUGCUGUGUUYGCCUCACUGUGAAAUAGUUAUUUUUUUCAAAAAUCAAUCAAAUCCUGAACAGUUACCAUUUAUCGUAUUUAAGAAUAAAUGGGACUGUUCCAAAAUUGGAAUUGUGACUUUGAAUUGUUGGAAAAUCAGCUUUUACCUAACUUAAUGCAGCAUGAACUGGAAAAAAAAAAACGCACUGAAAACUUUAAUAGUCAGGUUAUUUGCUGCUUUUCAGACUGGUGUGAGAUUUGUUAAACACUCUGCAGAGCAGAAACCUCCACCUGGGCACAAGGGGAAGCACAGCUGAUUUUCUUACCUGUCCCUGUGAGCUUUAGUGGCACUCCUGCAGUGGUGGUGAGCUUUUCAAGCAAUCUGGAAUGUUCUGAAAGGGUGUGGAAGAACUCCUUAGAUCCAUAAAACCUCUCCAGCUGUGCUUCCCGGGAAUCUCCACCAGUGCCAACUAAAGACCUUGCAUUGCCAGGUGACUGCCAAAAACCUCCCCCAAAUCCUUCGUAUGCCCAUGCACUGAGGAGUUCUAAACCACAUUUUUGUAUCAGUUUUUGUCAAAAGGUGGAGUAGUUCCUUAGUCUGGUCUUAAAUUGAUCCCCUUGUAACAAUUAAUAGUUYGGGGCAGGUGUUAAGAUGUUCUCACAGGGAAAACAGAGCCAUGUAAAUACAUGUAAAACAUUGUAGCAUAUGUAAAUUUAUGCUGGGCUUUCCUGCACAGAAGUAUUUUUAGUACAAAAACUGCUGAAUGUAAGAUGACCAUGUUGAGUACGUGGCCUGGUUUUAAAAAAUGAUAUUUUGUUUAAAAAAAAAACUUAAAAAAAAUACAUUUGUGGCUGUGCCCUUGCACUUCACAUGCAGUGAAUAUGCACAUUGUAUUUGGUUGUAAUCUCAUUUUUUAAAGUAAAAUCAGUGCAAAAGA